UGUGUUCGUAUGCUACUUCACUCCGGCAUCCUGCCCACUAUAAUUAGCAAACGGUGAGAGCAGUUAAACAGGCCCAGGCAUCCUGUCAGUCUGAGUAAAUAAUAGGUUCGGAUUUUACUGAAAGCAUUAACUUGUGCGGCACAUACACACACUUCAAACACAUGCACACACACUCUAGUUGCAAGAGGCAAUGGAAGGGGAGGAAUCAUUUAUAAAGUGCCAGGGUUCUUGGAUACUGCCUUAUACAUGUCAAAGUCUGAGUGUAGGAUGUCAUUUUAUAUCUUAAAGCAAUGAGAAUUGUUGCUACUACAAGCCAGUAAAAACUGUUUCUUCCCAGAUACCUCCCCAUCCAUCUGUCAUCUGUUUUCUGUGUGCACCUCCUUCCUUCCUUCCUUCCUCCCUCCAAACUUCUUGUCCUGUAGUAAUCCCAGACCUCUCCUCCCCUAAAUCUUCAACCUCUUAUAUACACUUUCACUCCCAAAAUACUUCCCUCCUCCCAUCCCUUCCCCUCCAAAUGUUACGAGAGCUAUCCCAGCUCCGUAGUUUCAUCCUGAACACACACUCCGAUGGGGCUCCUCCUGGCAGCACUGGUCGCUCUGCUCUGCCUCUACUCUCCAGCGUGUGGUGCCGAGGGAUGCAGUGGUUUUAGACACCUGGAGAAUGGGAGGACGUUCUUCCGUUAUGGUGGACUGCUGGUGAUCUUCCGCUGCCAUCCUGGCUACAAGCUCCAUGGAUACAAAACCAAUAGCUGUGUGUCUGGACACUGGUCCCGGGACCCACCUGUCUGUGUUGGCUCUGGUUGCCCCAGCCCGGGACCACUCACCCAUGGGACCAGCAGCAUGAAUGAGGAUGGCUCCUGGGCAGUGUUCAGCUGUAAUAGUGGCUUUUAUCUGGUUGGGCCCUCAAUGUUAUACUGCAAGGGCCACACCUGGAAUAGCACAAGGCCUGUAUGUAAAGAAUCGGACAUGAUGAACUCUGUUUCAGGCGCCAGUGUGCAAAAGCCCAACAUACAUCAGGACCUUCAGGCUGCUGUAGUUCUAAAGACCCAGCAGCAAUCCCACUAUGAUAUCCAUGCAAAUACACCCGCCAAAGAAGCAAACCUCAAAUUUGGCCUGUUGUCUCAUACGCCAUCCCAAAUGUCCAACAGUGAGAGGAUUAAAGUGACUAACCCAAAGGUCCACCUGCAACAGUAUAUUCACUUUCCCAGUUUUAAAGUCAAGGAUGGGGUCCAAACAAGUCAUCAUGAGGCUCAACUUCAGGAGGCAAAUGAAGGACCAGAAACAGGAGCUGGGAGGCAUGGCUCAGAGGCAAAAGAUUCAGACGAGAAAACAGAGAAAGUGGACGAGGUUACACAUAUGUUUGACUCUAAACCGUAUCUAUCUACUACUGUCUCAUCUACCUUAUCAUUAGCAUCAGGGACAGAGCGAUCGGUGUCUUCACCAUCAUUUUCAGCGGCCCCAACACCAGCUAUCACUGCUGUCACAGAUACUGCAACAUCGCAGGAUUAUGUGACUCCCUCUGAAGUGGUAACAGGCUUUUCACAAACUGCAGAUGAAGACCAACAGGCUGAGACUGGCUUCCAGUAUCUGCCUGGUUCUGUAGAUAAAGACAAGCCCACCGAGACUUCAACAUACACUUUAUCUCCUUCUGUUUAUUCCAUUUCUACCAGGUCUUCCUCCACUUCAUCCGCACUCCCUUUAUCACUCCCCGUGCCCUCCCUGUCUGCCUCAGCUUCCUCAAAUCCCAACUCCACCAUCCAGUCCACUAGGAAAAAACAAAUACCCAAUGUCACUCUUCCAUCAAACACCUCCACUGCCAGUCAGUCAAGAUCUCACUGGACUGAACACCACAACCUCAUGAUGAACGCCACCUCCAAACCACCUCUGCUCUCUCUGAGCCUCAGCAGACGACCUGUGUGCCCGUACCCACCUGUGCCCGCUCACGGGACCUUCUACUUUCGUAAUGUGGAGAAUCCAGGUCCCAGGGUGUACAGACAUUACAUACAGUACGCCUGCUAUCCUGGUUACACACUGGCUCAUGGCGACAUACACAGCUAUUGCCAGCAUGGAGGAACCUGGAGCGGAGUCACACCUGUUUGUCUGGAGCUAACACCAUGUUCAGUGAACAACGGCGGCUGUUCCCAGCUGUGUUCUCACAACAACCAGAGCUCUAACCAGAACCAGACCAGAACUCAGUGCCACUGUAGACCUGGAUUCACUCUGCUGGAUGACAGGCUAACAUGUCGUGAUUUAGAUGAGUGUGUGGAGAUGCAACACCGGUGUCAGCAGAGAUGCAUCAACACAUUUGGUUCUUUUAUGUGCGGCUGUGAUGACGGCUACCAGCUAGCUCAUGACCAGACCUCUUGCGCAGAUGUGGAUGAGUGCUUGCUGCCUGCAGCUGUAACAGGCUGUGUGUUCGGCUGUGUUAACACUCCUGGAAGCUUCCAUUGCCAGUGUCCUGCUGGCUACAGCCUUCAGACUGCAGACAGCCACUGCCAAGAUACUGAUGAGUGUGCUGUUAAUCAGGGGCGUGGGCCAUGUAUGGAGCAGUGCCACAACUCGCCAGGAUCCUACCGAUGCUCCUGCACAUAUGGGCACAUCUUAGCUGGAGAUGGACACAGCUGCAUUGCUGAGUGUGCACCUGGAUACAAAAAGCAACUGACAAUACCUGAGAAUUCAACUGCACAAGCCUUCCUGGAGGAAUGCGUAGAUGUAAAUGAGUGCCAGGAGGAGGAGUGGCAGUGUGUCAACCUCCCAGGUUCUCACCGCUGCAUCUGCCCCAAAGGAUACACACUCCAUAGAGAUGGACAUCACUGCAAGGACAUUAAUGAGUGCAGUCGGAAGAAUGGAGGGUGUUCCCAUCUGUGUGUGAACCAAAAUGGUGCGUAUAAAUGUGCCUGCCCACCCUCCCAUCGCCUCUCCCCCUAUAGCUGGAAGAAAUGUGUACCAAGGACAACAGCGAACACUGCUGGCUGAGCUGGGAAGCACACACACAUCACAGUCCUAGAUGGGUUUUCAAGACCAUGCUGAGUGAGUUAUAAAGGAGGUGACAUGAUAUAGUGCCUGUGGCAGUUACAUCAGAAAAUUUAAAUUGAAUUUAAAUGAUGCAUUGUAAAAUUUUAUGUUAAAAAAAAGUAAAUAAUAAUGUUGUAUUAUGUAGCAAAUGAACAAUAAGUUACCAUCAUUGGUUAAAUGGCUUUAUUACAGUAUGAACAUACUUAUAAUAAACAUACUUUUCUGAAUGAAAUGGAAAUGAAGGGGCAACGGAAUUGCUAAAAUAAUUGUUAAAUAGGUAACCUGGAUAAUGUAUUAAAAUAGUAAAAUAAUUAUAUUUUUAAUAAAUAUCUCUGUAUUUCUGAUAUAAACUAUGUAAAUAGUUUAAGAGUAAGCAUUAAAAUAUAACAACAUUUUA